UUCCUGCUUACUGCUUGCGAGAUGGCAUCUUCAAAUGUUUCUAGUAAAACUAUCCUAUUCAAAAGGGAAAAAGAGUUUUGGUAUCGUAUUCCUUCCCUCCUCCACGUUCCAAACACAGAUACCCUUUUGGCGUUUGCUGAGAAGAGACUGGGACCCAAAGACGAAAAUGCUGAUGUGUUAAUGCUACGGAAGGGCACCUAUAAGAAGCCUUUGAAGAAUUUUGAGUGGGAAAAUGUUACAAGCGUUCAGGCUGCAAGACUGAAGGACCACAGAUCCAUGAAUCCUUGCCCUGUUUACGACAAAGAUACAAACACUAUCUUCCUCCUCUUCAUUGCUGUCUUUGGAAAUACACCCGAAAACUUGUGCCAUGCACAUAACGUUUUCUACUGGCACAUGACCCUCUUCCAUUCAGCUGUACGUAAACUAGGACAAAGCUCACUUUCUCCAGUUUCAGCAGCAGUAUUCGCUGUUGGUCAGCAUGAUGGAAAGUUGUAA